AUGAAGGCGGUCAAGACGAACUACGCGGUGGUGGAGGCGGAGCCCAACGACGGCGGGGAGGACAUGAACUUCGACGAGCUCUUCCACAACGGCGACACCCCCACAAAGGCAGCGGCGGAGACGCAAGAUACGCUGAAGGGCGCGCGCGCGCCCGAGGGGUCGCAGGCGAGGCGCUCGCUGCUGGGCCCGAGCAGGGACGUCCACGCGGAGAGCGUCCAGAAGACCGCGACGCAGCUGCACGCGGCGGCGGGGAAGCCCCCGAGGACACCGACGCGCGACGCGGACCUCGUGCGCACGACGAGCGGCUUCGACGCGCCGAAACCGGCGGAGAAUCCCGGGUCAGGGGCGCCGAGCGCGUCGGACGUGUGGGCGAAAAUCGCCAGCGGCGGCGACGCGCCCGGAGAUUCCCCCUCGCGAGGACCGAACACCAGCCCGGCGCCUCCCGCCGGGUCGCAGGCGCCGGCGUCGGCGCUCACCAAGUCCCUGCUCACGUCGAGCCUCACCUCGGAGCAGGGAGGCGGGUCGCUUCGACGCAUCGACUCCGGUCUGCUGCUCAACACCACGAGGGUCGACCCGAGCAAGCCGACUGCGGCGAGGAAGAGGCUCACGCCGGAUGAUUUCGAGAUGCUCUGCCUCGUGGGACAGGGCGCGUUCGGCAAGGUGUUCCAGGUGCGCAAGAAGGACACCGGAUCGGUGUACGCCAUGAAGGUGAUGAAGAAGGAGAUCAUCAUCGAGCGAGAGCAGACGGACUACAUGAAGGCGGAGCGCGACAUCCUCACCGUGAUCCACCACCCGUUCAUAGUCACGCUACGAUACUCGUUCCAGACGACGCAGAAGCUCUACCUCAUCAUGGACUUCGUGAACGGCGGGCACCUGUUCUUCUGGCUGUACCGCCAGGGUCUGUUCGACACCGCGCUCACCAGGUUUUACAUCGCGGAGAUUUGCUGCGCCAUUGGACACUUGCACUCGCUGAACAUCAUGCACCGCGACCUGAAGCCCGAGAACAUCCUGCUCGACAACGAGGGACACGUGAAGCUCACGGACUUUGGCCUCGCGAAGAUCCAGGACCCAAACUCGGAGAAGCGCACGAACUCGCUGGUGGGGUCCAUCGAUUACAUGGCGCCGGAGAUUUUGGAGGCGAAGGGACACGGGAAGACGGCAGACUGGUGGAGCGUGGGCGUUCUGAUGUACGAGAUGUUGACCGGUCAGCUGCCGUUUCGGGGAAAGAACAAGCCCGCGGUGCAGAAGGCGAUCUGCUCGGCUAAGCUCAAGAUCCCGAGCUUUUUGCCGGGCGAGUGCGUGACCUUGAUCAAGGCGCUGCUGGACAGGCAGCAGGACAGGCGCAUCGGCUCUGGGCCCAACGGCACGGAGAACGUCAAGAACCACAAAUUUUUCAACGGGGUCAACUGGUCCAAGGUUGAGGUCAGGGACGUUACCCCGCCGUUCAGGCCUACCGUCGACGGAGAGAUGUGUACCGCGUGUUUCGACGACAUGUGGACGAACAAGCCCGCCGUGGACAGCGCCAGUGGGACGCCGGGGUCCAACGAGAACGACGCCUUCCUCGGCUUUUCGUUCACGUCGCCGUCGCUGAUGGUGGACGCGGAAGCCGCUCUGGCUGCGGCGGAGAUUGUCGCGAGAAAACGCGAGGAGAUGGACAGGAUCAUCGCCGAAGACGAGGAGAGCGAGGAAGACGAUGAUGACGACGUGACGCUGGGUAGGAUCGACGAGAACGGGGGCAUGGGCGGGAGCUUCAGCGAGGAGGAGCUCGGAUCGCCGGUGAAACAGUUGGUCAAUGGGGUCACGGAAAAGGCGGGAACUCUCUCGCUGAAGAGCGGGCUCAACGCCGCUGCGCCCGCGUUUGUGCCGCCGUCCGCGAGAAGAUGAACGGAGAGGGAGGAAGAUGUUAUUACAUCGAAAGGGGAGCCGCGGUCGUCGAUGCGACGAUUGGAACCCCUAGCAGCAUAAGAAGCAAGCGAGGCAAUAUCAAAAGGCAUAGUUGCCGC